UGCUACGGCCGCUCCCUGCAGGGCGAGUUCGUGCACGACGACGUGUGGGCGAUCCUCCACAACCCCGACGUGCAGCCCGACGCCCCGUUCGGCUGGGGCAUCUUCGCCAACGAUUUCUGGGGCAAGGGCAUGGCCGAGAACACCAGUCACAAGUCCUACCGGCCGCUCUGCGUGCUCACCUUUAAGCUAAACAUAUUUUUAACUGGCAUGAACCCAUUCUACUUCCAUGCAGUCAAUGUCAUUUUGCACUGCCUGGUGACCCUCGUGCUGAUGCACACGUGUGACAAAGCUGUCUUCAAGCACCGCGGGCUGGCUUUCGUCACGGCGCUGCUUUUCGCCGUGCAUCCGAUUCACACCGAGGCGGUGGCUGGAAUCGUUGGCAGAGCUGACGUGCUAGCAGGUCUGCUGUUUCUGUUGACCUUUCUCUCCUACAAUAGGAGUUUGGACCAGUGUGGUGGUGGGGAAUGCUUCCCUCGCACGACGUCUCCCUUCUUCUUGCUUCUCAGUUUGGCUCUGGGGACCUGUGCCAUGCUGGUGAAAGAGACCGGCCUUACGGUGUUUGGCGUGUGCGUGGUUUAUGAUCUCUUCUCCCUCUCCCACAAGGAAGAGAACUCGAGCAAUGGGGUUGCCCAGCAUUGCAGCCCCCAGCAGCCUGGGACCCUCCAGCCCUCCUCGACUGCGGCACACUCGCACCGGGAGAAUGGGAAGCAUCGGCUCCCUCACAGAGGAGCUUGGGGUGCCUGCCACUCCCCGUUGCCAGUGGACACCAAGAGCAGUGGCUUGCCAGUGUCUCCAGGAGCUCCGUGGUCCACCAUGAGAUCUCUGACAACAAGCAGCAGUAGAAAUGUCCUACUUACCAUGAAGCCGUUUUUAAAAAGGGCUGCAUUGGUCAUAUGUUAUGUGAUGGUCAUUUUGUACUUACGUCUGUGGAUAAUGGGAGGAUCCAUGCCGCUCUUCUCAGAGCAGGAUAAUCCAGCCUCGUUUUCGCCUUACAUUCUUACAAGAUUCCUUACCUAUUCCUACCUCUUGGCCUUCAACGUGUGGCUCCUGCUUGCACCCGUGACUUUAUGCUACGACUGGCAGGUUGGCAGUAUUCCUCUGGUGGAGACCGUCUGGGAUAUUCGGAACUUGGCCACCCUCCUGCUGGCCGUCGUGAUGGCCUUAUUAAGUGCGCACUGCUUAACAGCUGUCAAGAGACUGGAGCACAAGGAAGUGUUAGUGGGCUUGUUGUUCCUGGUUUUCCCGUUCAUUCCAGCCAGCAAUCUCUUCUUCAGGGUGGGUUUUGUGGUGGCCGAGAGAGUCCUUUACAUGCCUAGCAUGGGCUACUGCAUUCUUUUUGUGCAUGGAUUGAGCAAGCUCUGCACUUGGCUCAAUCGAUGCGGGGCCACCACCCUGAUUGUGUCCACCAUGCUGCUGCUGCUGCUGCUCUCUUGGAAAACCGUGAAGCAGAAUGAAGUGUGGCUGUCAAGAGAGUCCCUAUUCAGGUCUGGAGUUCAAACUCUGCCCCACAAUGCCAAGGUGCAUUACAACUAUGCCAAUUUCCUGAAGGACCAAGGCCGGAGCAGGGAAGCCAUCCACCACUACCGAACGGCACUCAAGCUGUAUCCACGCCAUGCAAGUGCCCUGAACAACCUCGGCACCUUGACCAGAGACACGGCAGAGGCCAAGAUGUACUAUCAGAGGGCUCUCCGACUGAAUCCACAGCACAACCGGGCUCUUUUCAAUCUGGGGAACCUCCUGAAGUCCCAGGAGAAAAAAGAAGAAGCCAUCCUCUUACUGAAGGAUUCCAUUAAGUAUGGUCCAGAGUUUGCAGAUGCAUACUCAAGCUUAGCAUCGUUACUGGCAGAGCAGGAAAGAUAUAAGGAAGCUGAGGAAAUUUACCAGGCUGGCAUAGAGAACUGCCCAGACAGCUCUGAUUUACACAACAAUUAUGGAGUUUUCUUGGUUGAUACUGGCUCCCCAGAGAAGGCUGUGGCUCAUUACCAACAGGCCAUCCAACUCAGCCCAAGCCAUCACGUGGCCAUGGUGAACCUGGGAAGACUCUAUAGGUCACUGGGAGAGAACAAUGUGGCUGAAGAGUGGUACAUACGCGCACUACAGGUGACUCGCGCGGCGGAGAUUCUGUCGCCACUGGGAGCGUUAUAUUACAACACUGGCCGCUAUGACGAGGCGUUGCAGAUUUACCGGGAAGCCGCCGCCCUUCAGCCUUCGCCAAAAGAACUGCGCCUGGCACUGGCUCAGGUUUUAGCUGUGAUGGGUCAGACCAAAGAAGCUGAAAAGAUGACCAACCACAUUGUGUCCGAGGAGACUGGGUGCCUGGAAUGCUACCGCCUUCUGUCAGCCAUCUACAGCAAGCAGGAGCACCACGACAAGGCACUGGAUGCUAUAGACAAGGCUCUUCAACUGAAACCAAAGGAUCCUAAAGUCGUAUCUGAACUCUUUUUCACAAAAGGAAACCAACUGAGAGAACAGAACCUUCUGGACAAAGCUUUCAAGAGCUACCGGGCAGCCGUGGAGCUCAACCCAGACCAAGCCCAGGCCUGGAUGAACAUGGGUGGGAUCCAGCACAUCCAGGGAAACUAUGUGUCUGCACGAGCUUAUUAUGAGAAAGCCUUACAGCUGGUUCCAGACAGCAAACUGCUGAAGGAAAAUCUCGCCAAAUUAGAUCGCCUAGAAAAACGAUUGCAGGAAGUUCGAGACAAGGAUCAAACAUCAUAGCGUUCGGAGCCCGUCUUGUAGGACACUGCUGUUACCUGGAAAAGGAGACGGUGAUGGAAGCCUUUCUUUCGCAGCUCCAGGGCGCAAAGGAAGCUUUCUUCUCACCGCUGGCUCUAGGUGGCAGUUUUGGGGACCCCUGCUGGUGCUGAGGGACUGGCCUUUCCAUGAAAGGAGACCCAAAAAGCCAGCAAGGAGGCCGGCAAGCAGACCAAGGACACAUUUUACAAAUUUUCGCUUGGUUCAACGUCCGCUUUUCAUUCAUACAAUUAUGUCUCUGCUUUUACUACCUGGAGACCUCAGUCCACCUCUCAGUUUAGUCUUCAUGCCUCAGAUACAAAAGCUGGGAAGGCUGGGAGGCAGAGUAGACAUUUUUUAUGGGACCAGGUCAUUCCCAGGGGGUACAUUCUCUAGGGUACCCCAUCCACGAAAUUAUACCAAGAGGUAACUCAUUUAAGCCUCCCGAACCAGAAACGAGUGUCUUUGUAGAGCCUUCUGGAAGAUGUGGAGAGAGGGCUAUUGUUGAGUUUGUCUACUGUUUCCCUGAGGACAUUGCUAGAGCCCUGUUAACGAGUAAACGAACCUCCAUGCUGAUGCAAGCCUUCCCACUGACUACUAUGUCAAAAGGGGAUCUUCUAGAAGAACGUGUCCGGACAUUGAUAUCCUUGUCCCUAAGGGAAAAAAUCAAGGGGCUUAGUCCUCUAAUCCUUUUUGGAAAUAUUUAAAAUUAACUUUAUUGUAAGAAUUACCAGAGUAGUGGUUUUGCUCUAAGAAUUCAAAAGUGCUUUUAAUGUCAUCAAUGUUCCUGCCUCCAGAUAUAUUAUUUUGGUGGAUUAAAAAAAGAUAGUAUAUUCUACAAGAAAAUAUUAAAGAUAUUAACUCCGA